UUUGCCGAGCAACUUCAAGAUUUCUUGAUUGGGUCCCAUGUAACAAACAUCCGCAAGGGGCCUGUUGACGUUUGUAAACAAUACAGUAAUAUUCAACAGUUCCUUCUGGAAGAGAAUCAGGCCCCACCUCUAUAUAUAAGAAAAAGCUUUCGACUCAUCUGUCAUUUUGCUGAGGAUCUGAUGUCCAGAAUUAUUCAAGGUCAUUUUGAACUAGCUGGCAUUAUAGCUGUUCAUUACAACCUUUAUUUCUCUUUGAAUCCAUUUUGCUCAUUUCCAAUGAAUGUGCUGUUGAAAAGUUAUGCAGGCAUAAGACGAAGCUGCAGUUCAUUUGGAAGCAAUGCAUUUAAUAUCAAUUGAUAUUAAUUUUGGGAUGUUUUUCAUCAACUAUUUUGGUACUUUUCUGAUAUUGCACUUCUAAUAAGAGAGUGUAUGAGCCAUGGAUCAGAACAGCAGCAGUGGGAACCUGAUUCUAAUUGAUAGCGACCCCAGGGUGUUGAGGGUGAAGACGGCCAUAGUGCAAAUGCUGGUGUGGUUCUUUAUUUACAUCGACAUCUUCAUGCUCUUCACCUUCUUCAGUAAGCAGGCUUUCCGGGGCACCGCACGCUACAUCCUGUUUGCUCACACCCUGCUGGUGGACUCUGUACUCCUGCUGGUCACUGACCUGGUGGUGCUGCUUGGCUACUUCAACGUGCUUAUACCUGUCAGUUACUGCAUCGUGUUCUGCGUUCUCAUAGGGAUCACCAUUAGAAACACGCCUUACACCAUCACUGCUAUGUGCCUGGAGCGCUACGUGGCCAUCUGCAUGCCGCUUAGACAUGCCAGCAUCUCCACCACUGGCAAGACUAUGGCUGCCAUCGCUGUCGUCUGGGCAUGCAGCUCGGUCAAAGUCAUGAUGGACCUCGCCAUCCUCGUUGUUAUGGCCCCACCGGGCUACUUUGCCAAGCCCACUUCAUGCCAGUACCACAUCUUGCUGUUGACUGAGUGGCACAAUGCCAUGCAUGUCAUCUUAAAUGAGGUGAUCUUUGGUAUUAUUAUGGUGAUCUUGCUGUUCUGCUACACCAAGAUCAUGCUGGCAGCUCAGACUGCCUCUGGAGAGAAUAAGCAGUCUGUGUCGAAGGGGCGACGCACGCUCCUGUUUCACGGCCUGCAGCUCAUUCUGUGCAUGGCUGAAAUGUGGUCCCCCUUUAUACUGGCUGCUGCUCAGAAGCAAAGUCAACAAUUGUACCUGACCAUCAGAUUCUUCGUUUUCAUUGCUUUAACCAUUAUCUCAAGGGCCCUGAGUCCCCUUAUCUAUGGCCUUCGGGAUAAAAAGUUUUGCCUUGCCCUGAAAUAUUACAUGAGCUGCAAGGUGUACCGCUCUCUGGAGAAACGUAGCAGCUUAGAAUGAAUGUGUACUCCCAAAAAAGGAUUAAACAAAAAUGCAGAAAUUUGAUAAGUUUGCAUGAGUUUUAAUGAAGAGGUGAUAUAAAAUGUCAACCCUAAAUUACUGUGUAUUACAAGAUUUGCAUAUUCUAGUUCCAAUCAUUUUCUAUUGUAUAAAUUUCAUUUAAACAAAAAUGAGCCAGGAUCCCCUUCUACAUUUCAAAAUUGCAGUUCAUAAAACCUGUACCUUCCAACCAGCAUUUUUCAAGUCCAAAGAGUUUCGUUUUUGAAGUAAGCUAGUCUGUGCACCAGCUGUGUGCUAGUAUCCUAAGCUUCAGACAGGCACAGUUGGGGUGGCUGCAGGUGCCCAAGAACCUGCCCCUUUUGCCCCAAGUGCCUGAACUGCCCCUUUUAUUAGAU